AUUUCAGUGACUGUGUGUGUGUGUGUGUGUGUGUGUGUCAGUGUCAUGAGGAAGAUGAUGAGUCUGAUCUCCGUAGUGUUGAAGGGCAGCGCCGCCCGGAAUUACUCUGUGUACAUGGCCUACUUGCAACUUUUAAAGGUGCAGAGCAAGUAUGCAGAAAUGACCUUUGACCCUGAAGCUGUAAAUUCCCUGCCCUCUGCCCUUCUCCCUCCCAACACUGCUUCCUCUGUAGCAUCUGAGUCUGCAGCACAAUCACAACUGAACACACACACGUCAUUUAUACAGCCAAAUGAUGACUGGACAGAACCUGUGAUGUCACAAGGUCUAUUUAAGGCGGGGUCUGUCGUCAUGGAAACCAAAAAGGACGAGACGUUAUCGGAGUCAGCACUGACCCAAACACUGACGGAACAUUCUGUUUUAGAAGCAACUCCACAGAAUUCAGCUUCCACCCUUGUGGCCUCUGACCCACUGUCCCCUAACUUUUCCUCCUUACCUCCUGUCCUUCCACCCCGGAGCUGCCACAGUGCAGAACAAACGUCACAGCACCAUCCAGAAAGCGUCCACGGUCCGGCCGGAGACACUGCUGUAGCUGAGCUGCCUCAGGCUGGUAGUAGAGUAAUGGUGUCAGCAAGGACCUACGCAGAUUUCACCCCUCAGGCCACCUUCGACAUUAAGAAAUGUGAUUUGCAUAAGCUGGAGGAGGGGCCUCCAGAGAAGGCGGUGCUAACAAGAGAGGAGGGGCUUGAGUACUACAGAACCAUGCAGGUGAUGAGGAGGAUGGAGCUGAAAGCUGAUCAGCUCUACAAACAGAAGAUCAUCCGCGGCUUCUGUCACCUGUAUGACGGACAGGAAGCGUGUGCAGUGGGAAUUGAGGCUGGAAUUAACCGCACAGAUCACCUGAUCACAGCUUACCGUGCUCACGGAUACACACUCACCAGGGGUGGCACUGUACGUGAGAUCAUGGCCGAGCUCACAGGUCGUCGUGGUGGUAUCGCUAAAGGAAAGGGUGGUUCUAUGCACAUGUACGCCAAGAACUUCUAUGGAGGAAAUGGAAUUGUGGGAGCGCAGGUUCCACUGGGUGCUGGAGUCGCACUGGCCUGUAAAUACAAGGGGAAGAAUGAGCUGUGUGUCUGUCUCUAUGGAGACGGAGCAGCCAAUCAGGGUCAGAUAUUUGAGACGUAUAACAUGGCGUCUCUGUGGAAGUUGCCAUGUAUUUUUAUCUGUGAGAAUAAUAAAUACGGCAUGGGGACAUCUGUGGAGCGGGCAGCGGCGAGCACUGACUACUACAAACGAGGAGACUUCAUCCCUGGGCUGAGGGUGGAUGGUAUGGACGUUCUUUGUGUUCGAGAGGCCACUAAAUUCGCUGCAGAACACUGCAGAUCUGGGAAGGGUCCAAUUCUGAUGGAGCUCCAGACCUACCGUUACCAUGGACACAGCAUGAGUGACCCUGGCAUCAGUUACCGUACACGUGAGGAGAUCCAGGAGGUACGCAGUAAGAGUGAUCCCAUCUCCAUGCUGAAGGACCGCAUGAUCAGUAACAACAUGGCCAGUGUGGAGGAGCUCAAGGAGAUCGAUGUAGAAGUGAGGAAGGAGAUUGAGGACGCAGCCCAGUUCGCCACCACAGACCCUGAGCCUCCGCUGGAGGAUUUGUGUAAUCACAUCUUCUACAACAAUCCUCCUAUAGAUGUGCGUGGCACUAACCCCUGGGCCAAGCUCAAAUCUGUCAGACACACACACACACCACCCCUCAACACACUAUACACACACACACACACCACCCCUCAACACACUAUACACACACACACACACCACCCCUCAACACACUAUACACACACACUUUAAACACUUUGUCCUUCUCUAAAGUAAAGGGAAAUUGAUCACUAAUACUGAACACAGCCUGUGUGUGAGCUGAACUGCUAAAAUAAAUCACGUGAUGUGGAUUAAAGACGUAUUUAUUCAUUUAAUCUUUUGUUUUUUGCUUUUAUUCAGUUAUAUAUUUUAUAUAUAAAUCUAAAAACAGCUGCAUGACAAAGGAAGAAAAGUGUUCAUACAUUAGAAAUUGUGUAUAAUAGCAGAACUUCUGUGUAGCUCACACACACACACACACACACACAGGUCACUAGUGUGAAUAGAUUAGUGUGUGAUGGAGAUGUUCAAUGGUUUAUUAUUUAUAAGAGUUUUAAGUUAAUUGCUAAAGCUGUUGUGCCUAAUAGUGGAGUUCUUUGAGAGCGGAGUGAAAACACAAAGGAUUGUGGGAAAUGUGUUCGACUCGAUCGUGUUAUCUGUGUGUGUGUGUGUGUUCUGUUUCAGGGUCUCUUACUGUUUCAGAAUGAGAGUUUAUUUUAUUUUAUUUUAUUUUAUAACAUGAGGAGCAGAAGUGAGAAUGUUUUCCUUGACAGCUGUAUAAUCUCACUCACUCUUGUCCACUGAGCGGUCAUUAAAGUGAAAUGGGGUCAAAGGUCA